AUGCCAGCAAACCGAUCUCAUAUUCCAACAGCUGAAAUGGCACUUCGAUGGUCAUAUUUAGAACACAUUGCAGAAAAAUUGAUGCCCGUCCAAGAUUGUGAGUUUGGGCUUUUGAUUGGUUACAAUUGUCCUCGUGCACUUAUUCCACGUGAGGUAAUACCUUCAAUUGAUAAUGGACCGUAUGGACAGAAAACUGAUUUAGGAUGGGGAAUCGUUGGUAUAGUUGAUCCCUUGCAAAUAGACAACUGCGACUCGAUAGGAUUCAGUCACCGUACUCUUGCUCUUGAGGUUCCGAAUGAGUUAUCAAUUAAAAGUGGAGAUUCAGAACAUGUUUACUUUUCGUUUGGUUCGAGCGUUAAGGAAAUAAUUCCAAGUGAAGUUGCCCGCAUGAUGGAACUUGACUUUUCGGACAGAAAUGUUAACAAGAUUUCAUAUUCUUAUGAUGAUAAAAGAUUUAUUUCUAUUCUUGAUGAAGGAAUAAGUGUUGAAAAUGGACAUUAUGUUAUGCCAUUGCCGUUCAAAGAUAAAAAUCCGCCUAACAAGAACAUUGCAGUUACACGUUUAAAUCAAUUAAAAGGUCGUCUUCAGAGGGAUAAAACCUAUCGUACACAUUACUUUACAAGCAUGAAUGACUUUAUCGAAAAAGGUUAUGUAGAAAAAGUUGAAUCGUCUAAACAGGAUAACGAUGGUCAUGUAUGGUAUAUACCUCAUCAUGGGGUAUACCAUAACCAAAAACCCGACAAGGUGCGUGUUGUAUUUGACUGUAGUGCUAGAUAUCAAGGUCAUUCUUUGAACGAUCAUUUGUUACAAGGACCUGAUCUAACCAACAAGCUUAUUGGAGUACUGUGUAGAUUUCGGAAAGAAAACAUAGCUGUGAUUUGUGAUAUAGAACAAAUGUUUCUUCAGUUUAACGUAAAUAAAGAUCAUAGAGACUAUUUAAGAUUUUUGUGGUGGAAAGACGACAAUCUUCAUGAAGAUCCUAUAGAAUAUCGUAUGAAUGUUCACUUAUUUGGAGCCGCUUCUUCUCCUGGUUGUGCCAACUUUGGUCUGAAAAGAGUUGCUGACGAUUACGAAGAUGAGUUUGGAUCAGAUAUUUCAGACUUUUUGAGAUAUGAUUUCUAUGUUGAUGACGGUCUGAAGUCCGUUGCGUCCGUCGAUGAUGCAGUAAACUUAGUACAACGAAGUCGAGAGAUGUGUAAUAAAAUUCUACAAGAAUGUUGUAGCGAUCAAAUUGAUUGGGACGAACCGCCUUCUGAAAUUUUGAUACAAAGAUGGCAACAGUGGCGAAAUGACAUUCAAAAUCUAGCGCAACUAGGAAUUCAGCGAUGUGUAAAACCGAAAAACUUUGGAAAUAUAACAGUAUGCGAGCUUCAUCAUUUUUCUGAUGCUAGCACUUUAGGUUAUGGACAAUGCUCGUAUCUCCGAUUAAUCGAUGAAAAUGGACUUAUUCAUUGUACACUUCUAAUGGGAAAAGCCAGAGUUACUCCACGUCGUUUAUUAACAAUACCUCGUUUGGAAUUGUCAGCCGCUAUUGUAUCAAUCAGAAUAAGUCAACUACUGAAACAAGAACUUCAAUACGAGAACAUUACUGAGUGGUUUUGGACUGAUAGCAAUAUCGUUCUUGGUUAUAUUGCGAACGAUAACCGAAGAUUUCAUGUAUUUGUAGCAAAUCGAGUACAACAGAUUAGAGAACAUUCUAGUCCAACACAGUGGAAGUAUGUAGACACGAAGGAAAACCCUGCAGAUGUAGCCUCACGAGGAGCAAGCGCAAAUGAUUUGGUGAAGAAUUCAAAUUGGUUUACCGGACCGAAAUUUUUAUGGACACUUCAAUCCUUUGACGCAGAUGCGAAUAAACCCGAUUUGUCACUGAAUGACCCUGAAAUACGAAUAGUGAAGACAUUUUCUACUAAGAUGGAUGUUAUUGAAUUUGCGUCUUUGAUAGAACGUUUGGAAUAUUUUUCUAAUUGGAAUCACGCAAAGCGAGCUGUUAGCAUUUGCUUUAAACUCAAGGACACACUUAGAUCUCAGACUAAGAGUAAAAACCAAUCACCUGUGAGUACAUUGUGUGUAAACGACAUGCAACGUGCAGAGAUUGAAAUUAUCAAACAAUUGCAAUCAUCGUCAUUUAGCGAAGAAACAGCUGUUUUACAAUCGAUUGGUGAAGGUAAAACCUAUGAAGAUAGACAAUCAACCCGAAUUCGAAAUAUUCAUUUGAAACGAACUUCAUCAUUAUACAAGUUAGACCCGUUUCUAGAUUCCGAUGGAAUUAUUAGAGUUGGUGGUCGUAUUCUACGAGCGGAGUUUAACUUAGCAGUUAAACAUCCAGUGAUCAUUCCUAGACAUUCACACAAAACAUAG